AUGACUAACUUGAGGAGCACCCAUCCUCACUUUGUGCGCUGCCUGAUUCCUAAUGAGUCAAAGACUCCAGGUCUGAUGGAGAACUUCCUGGUCAUCCACCAGCUCAGGUGUAACGGUGUGCUGGAGGGUAUCAGAAUCUGCAGAAAAGGUUUCCCCAGCAGGAUCCUCUAUGGUGACUUCAAGCAGAGGUACAAGGUGCUGAAUGCCAGCGUCAUUCCUGAGGGCCAGUUCAUUGACAACAAGAAGGCUUCAGAGAAGCUGCUUGGGUCUAUUGAUGUUAACCACGAUGAGUACAGAUUCGGACACACCAAGGUGUUCUUCAAGGCUGGUCUUCUGGGUGUCCUAGAGGAGAUGAGAGAUGAUAAACUGGCAUCUCUGGUUACCAUGACUCAGGCUCUGUGUCGUGGUUACCUCAUGAGAAAGGAGUUUGUCAAGAUGACAGAGAGGAGGGAUGCCAUAUUUACCAUUCAGUACAAUGUCCGCUCAUUCAUGAAUGUGAAACACUGGCCAUGGAUGAAGGUGUACUACAAGAUCAAGCCUCUGCUGAAGAGUGCUGAAACUGAGAAGGAACUGGCAGCCAUGAAGGAGAACUACGAUAAGAUGACAACUGACUUGGCUGCUGCCCUGGCCAAGAAGAAGGAACUGGAGGAGAAAAUGGUGUCCCUUCUGCAGGAGAAGAAUGAUCUGCAGCUGCAAGUUGCAUCUGAAGCAGAGAAUCUGUCAGAUGCUGAGGAGAGAUGCGAGGGACUUAUCAAGAGUAAGAUCCAGCUGGAGGCCAAACUCAAAGAGACAACUGAGAGACUGGAGGAUGAAGAGGAAAUCAAUGCUGAGCUUACUGCCAAGAAGAGAAAGCUGGAGGAUGAAUGCUCUGAGCUCAAGAAGGACAUUGAUGACCUGGAGCUUACCUUGGCCAAAGUGGAGAAAGAGAAACAUGCCACUGAGAACAAGGUGAAGAACCUGACUGAGGAGAUGGCCUCUCAGGAUGAGAGCAUUGCCAAGCUGACCAAGGAAAAGAAAGCCCUUCAGGAGGCUCAUCAGCAGACUCUUGAUGACCUGCAGGCCGAGGAGGACAAAGUCAACACUCUGACCAAGGCCAAGACCAAGCUUGAGCAGCAAGUGGAUGAUCUUGAGGGUUCUCUGGAGCAAGAGAAGAAACUGCGCAUGGACCUUGAGAGAGCCAAGAGGAAGCUUGAGGGUGAUCUGAAACUGGCCCAGGAAUCCAUCAUGGAUCUUGAGAAUGACAAGCAGCAGUCUGAUGAGAAAAUUAAAAAGAAGGACUUUGAAAUCAGUCAGCUCCUUAGCAAGAUUGAAGAUGAGCAGUCAAUGGGUGCUCAGCUCCAGAAGAAGAUUAAGGAGCUUCAGGCCCGUAUUGAGGAACUGGAGGAGGAGAUUGAGGCUGAGCGUGCUGCUCGUGCCAAGGUUGAGAAGCAGAGAGCUGACCUCUCCAGGGAACUUGAGGAGAUCAGCGAGAGGCUGGAGGAGGCUGGUGGUGCCACCGCUGCUCAGAUUGAGAUGAACAAGAAGCGUGAAGCUGAGUUCCAGAAGCUCCGUCGUGACCUUGAGGAGUCCACUCUGCAGCAUGAAGCCACUGCUGCUGCUCUUCGCAAGAAGCAGGCUGACAGCGUUGCUGAGCUGGGAGAGCAGAUCGACAAUCUCCAGCGUGUCAAGCAGAAGCUUGAGAAGGAAAAGAGUGAAUACAAGAUGGAGAUUGAUGACCUCUCCAGCAACAUGGAGAAUGUUGCUAAAGCAAAGGGAAAUCUUGAAAAGAUGUGCCGCACUCUUGAGGACCAACUUAGCGAACUGAAGACCAAGAAUGAUGAAAAUGUUCGUCAAAUCAAUGACGCAAGCGCACAGAAAGCCCGUCUCCUGACAGAAAAUGGUGAGUUCAGCCGUCAACUUGAGGAGAAAGAAGCUCUUGUCUCCCAGCUGACCAGAGGCAAACAGGCCUUCACACAGCAGAUUGAGGAGCUGAAGAGACAUGUUGAAGAGGAGGUUAAGGCCAAGAAUGCUCUUGCCCAUGGAUUGCAAUCAGCCCGCCAUGACUGUGACCUGCUGAGGGAGCAGUUUGAGGAGGAGCAGGAAGCCAAGGCUGAGCUGCAGCGUGGUAUGUCCAAGGCCAACAGUGAGGUGGCUCAGUGGAGGUCCAAGUAUGAAACUGAUGCUAUCCAGCGCACUGAGGAACUUGAGGAAGCCAAGAAGAAGCUGGCCCAGCGCCUUCAGGAGGCUGAGGAGCAGAUUGAGGCAGUGAAUUCCAAGUGUGCUUCUCUUGAGAAGACCAAACAGAGGCUCCAGAGCGAGGUGGAGGACCUCAUGAUUGAUGUGGAGAGGGCCAAUGGGCUGGCUGCCAACCUGGACAAGAAGCAGAGGAACUUUGACAAGGUGUUGGCAGAGUGGAAACAGAAGUACGAGGAGGGUCAGGCAGAGCUUGAGGGAGCUCAGAAGGAGGCUCGUUCUCUCAGCACUGAGCUGUUCAAGAUGAAGAACUCUUAUGAGGAAGCUCUGGAUCAGCUGGAGACCAUGAAGCGUGAAAACAAGAACCUGCAGCAGGAGAUCUCAGAUCUGACUGAACAGAUUGGUGAGACUGGAAAGAGCAUCCACGAGCUGGAGAAGUCUAAGAAGCAGGUGGAGACAGAGAAGGCUGAGAUCCAGACAGCUCUUGAAGAGGCUGAGGGAACUCUGGAACAUGAGGAGUCUAAGAUCCUGCGUGUCCAGCUUGAGCUCAACCAGAUUAAGGGUGAGGUGGACAGGAAGCUGGCAGAGAAAGAUGAGGAGAUGGAGCAGAUCAAGAGGAACAGCCAGAGGGUGAUUGACUCCAUGCAGAGCACUCUGGAUUCUGAGGUCAGAAGCAGGAAUGAUGCCCUGAGAAUCAAGAAGAAGAUGGAGGGAGACCUGAAUGAGAUGGAGAUUCAGCUGAGCCACGCCAAUCGCCAGGCUGCUGAGUCCCAGAAGCAGCUGAGGAAUGUGCAGGCACAGCUCAAGGAUGCACAACUGCACCUAGAUGAUGCCGUCAGAGCCCAGGAUGACCUCAAGGAACAAGCUGCUAUGGUAGAACGCAGGAACGGUCUCAUGGUAGCUGAAAUUGAGGAACUUAGAGCUGCUCUGGAACAGACAGAGAGAAGCCGCAAAAUCGCUGAGCAGGAGCUGGUGGACGCCAGCGAGCGUGUUGGACUUCUGCACUCUCAGAACACAAGCCUUCUGAACACCAAGAAGAAGCUUGAGACUGACCUGGUCCAGAUUCAGAGUGAAGUGGAUGACACUGUUCAGGAAGCAAGGAACGCAGAGGAUAAGGCUAAGAAGGCCAUCACUGAUGCUGCUAUGAUGGCUGAGGAGCUGAAGAAGGAGCAGGAUACUAGCGCUCACCUGGAGAGGAUGAAGAAGAACCUGGAGGUCACUGUUAAGGACCUGCAGCACCGCCUGGAUGAGGCAGAGAAUCUGGCCAUGAAGGGUGGCAAGAAGCAGCUCCAGAAACUUGAGUCUAGGGUGAGA